GCGAUAAGAGAGGAGGCCCAAUCCUGACUUUCCCGGCACGCAGUAACCACGACAGGAUACGACAAGAAGACCUGCGCCGGCUGGUGACGUAUCUGGCCAGCGUGCCAAGCGAGGAUGUCUGUAAGCGCGGCUUCACCGUCAUCAUUGAUAUGCGUGGAUCCAAAUGGGACUUGAUCAAACCUCUCCUGAAGACCCUGCAGGAGGCGUUCCCGGCCGAGAUCCAUGUCGCUCUCAUCAUCAAGCCUGAGAACUUCUGGCAGAAGCAGAAAACCAACUUUGGCAGCUCCAAGUUCAUCUUCGAGACCAGCAUGGUGUCGGUGGAGGGGCUGACGAAGCUGGUGGACCCCUCUCAGCUGACGGAGGAGUUUGAAGGCUCCCUGGAUUACAAUCACGAGGAGUGGAUCGAGCUGCGCGUCUCCUUGGAGGAAUUCUUCAACAGCGCGGUGCACCUGCUCUCGCGGCUGGAGGACCUGCAGGAGAUGCUGGCCAGGAAGGAGUUCCCAGUGGACGUGGAGGGAUCGCGGCGGCUGAUCGACGAACACACUCAGCUCAAGAAGAAGGUGAUGAAGGCUCCGGUGGAGGAGCUGGACCGCGACGGCCAGAGGCUGCUGCAGUGCAUCCGCUGCGGCGACGGCUUCUCGGGCAGGAACUGUAUCCCAGGAGGCGCCGACUUCCAAAGUCUGGUGCCAAAGAUUACCAGCCUCCUGGACAAGCUGCACUCCACCCGACAACACCUGCACCAGAUGUGGCAUGUGCGGAAACUGAAGCUGGACCAGUGCUUCCAGCUCCGGCUGUUUGAACAGGACGCCGAGAAGAUGUUUGAUUGGAUCACGCACAACAAGGAGGUUUUCCUGCAGGGUCACACGGAGAUCGGAAUGAGCUACCAGCAUGCCCUCGACCUGCAGACCCAGCACAACCACUUUGCCAUGAAUUCCAUGAAUGCCUACGUCAACAUCAAUCGCAUUAUGUCCGUGGCCUCGCGUCUGAUUGAAGCCGGACAUUACGCAUCGCAGCAGAUCAAGCAGAUCUCCACGCAGCUGGAUCAGGAAUGGAAGAGCUUCGCCGCCGCGCUGGACGAAAGGAGCACCAUCCUCGCGAUGUCCGCCGUGUUCCAUCAGAAGGCUGAACAGUUCCUGUCUGGUGUGGACACGUGGUGUAAGCUCUGCAAUGACGGCGGGCUCCCAUCUGAGAUGCAGGGACUGGAGAUGGCGAUUCAUCAUCAUCAGACGCUGUACGAGGAGGUGACGCAGGCGUAUGCAGAGGUCAGCCAGGACGGGAAGGCUUUGCUGGAUGUUCUGCAGCGUCCGCUCAGCCCAGGGAACUCCGAAUCUCUCACGGCCACUGCCAACUACUCCAAGGCCGUGCAUCAGGUUUUGGAUGUCGUCCACGAGGUUCUGCAUCACCAGCGGCGGUUGGAAAGUAUAUGGCAGCACCGUAAAGUGCGUCUGCACCAGCGUCUCCAGCUCUGCGUCUUCCAGCAGGACGUCCAACAGGUCCUGGACUGGAUCGAAAAUCACGGAGAAGCAUUCCUCAGUAAACACACUGGAGUGGGCAAAUCUCUCCACCGGGCGCGGGCGCUGCAGAAGAGGCACGACGACUUCGAGGAGGUUGCACAGAACACGUACACCAACGCCGACAAGUUACUGGAGGCGGCGGAGCAGCUCGCUCAGACCGGCGAAUGUGACCCGGAGGAGAUCUACAAGGCGGCCCGGCAUCUGGAGGUGCGGAUCCAGGACUUUGUCCGGAGGGUGGAACAGAGGAAGCUGCUGCUGGACAUGUCGGUGUCCUUCCACAGCCACACGAAGGAGCUCUGGACCUGGAUGGAGGAUCUGCAGAAGGAGUUGCUGGAGGAUGUGUGUGCGGACUCUGUAGAUGCCGUCCAGGAGCUCAUCAAACAGUUCCAGCAGCAGCAAACGGCCACACUGGACGGGACCCUCAAUGUCAUUAAGGAGGGAGAAGAUCUCAUCCAACAACUCAGGGACUCGGCGGUGUCCAGCAAUAAAACUCCGCACAACAGCUCCAUCAGUCACAUCGAGUCUGUUCUGCAGCAGCUGGACGAAGCUCAGGUUCAGAUGGAAGAACUUUUUCAUGAGAGGAAGAUAAAGUUGGACAUCUUCCUGCAGCUGCGGAUCUUCGAGCAGUACACGAUCGAGGUGACGGCUGAGCUGGACGCCUGGAACGAAGAUCUUCUCCGUCAGAUGAAUGACUUCAACACAGAAGACCUAACCCUCGCAGAACAGCGGCUGCAGCGGCACAAGGAGCGGAAACUAGCCAUGAACAACAUGACAUUCGAAGUCAUUCAGCAGGGACAGGACCUUCACCAGUACAUCAUGGAGGUGCAAGCGUCAGGCAUUGAGCUGAUCUGUGAGAAGGACAUAGACCUGGCCACACAGGUGCAGGAAUUGUUGGAGUUCCUCCAUGAGAAGCAGCAUGAACUGGAGCUGAACGCAGAUCAGACCCACAAGCGCCUGGAGCAAUGUCUGCAGCUGCGCCACCUACAGGCCGAAGUCAAGCAGGUGUUGGGAUGGAUCCGCAAUGGGGAGUCCAUGUUGAACGCCAGCCUGGUGAAUGCCAGCUCGUUGUCAGAGGCCGAACAGCUCCAGAGGGAACAUGAGCAGUUCCAGAUGGCGAUUGAGUCCCUCUUCCACGCCAGCUCCUUACAGAAGACGCACCAGAGCGCUCUGCAGGUGCAGCAGAAGGCGGAGGCGCUGCUCCAGGCCGGCCAUUAUGACGCUGACGCCAUCAGGGAGUGCGCCGAGAAGGUGGCCAUGCACUGGCAGCAGCUGAUGCUGAAGAUGGAGGAUCGCUUGAAGCUGGUCAAUGCCUCGGUGGCCUUCUACAAAACAUCUGAGCAGGUGUGCAGCGUCCUGGAAAGUCUGGAGCAGGAAUACCGCAGGGACGAGGACUGGUGCCGCGGACACGAUAAACUGGGGCCGGUGACCUCGGACGGGGACCACGUGAUGCCGCUGAUCAGCAAGCACUUGGAACAGAAGGAAGCCUUCCUCAAGGCCUGCACAUUGGCGCGGAGAAACGCGGAGGUUUUCUUAAAAUAUAUUCACCGUAACAAUGUCAGCAUGCCGGGAGUGGCCCCGCAUACCCGAGGGCCCGAACAACAGGUCAAAGCCAUCCUAAGUGAACUGCUCCAGAGGGAGAACCGAGUGCUGCAUUUCUGGACCCUGAAGAAGAGGCGCCUGGACCAGUGCCAGCAGUAUGUGGUUUUUGAAAGAAGCGCCAAGCAGGCUCUGGACUGGAUUCAGGAGACCGGAGAACAUUUCCUCUCCUCGCACACCAGCUUCGGGGAGAGUCUGGAUGAAACUCAGGGUCUGCUGAAGGAAUAUGAAGAUUUCCGCAUUCCUGCCAAGCAAACUAAGGAGAAGGUGCGGCUGCUGAUCCAGCUGGCGGACAGCUUUGUGGAGAAAGGUCACGUCCACGCCACCGAGCUGAAAAAAUGGGUGACGACCGUGAACAAGCAUUACCGCGACUUCUCCCUGCGGAUGGGAAAGUACCAGUGCUCCCUGCAGAGGGCGCUGGGCAUCAGCACUGAGGACAAUAAAGAUCUGGAACUUGACAUCGUUCCGGCCAUUCUGACCGACCCGGAAGUGAAGCUGCGAGACGCCGGCCACGAGGUCAACGAGGAGAAGAGGAAAUCUGCCCGGAAGAAAGAGUUUAUAAUGGCUGAACUUCUCCAGACAGAGAAAGCUUACGUCCGAGACCUGCACGAGUGUAUGGAGACGUACCUGUGGGAGAUGACCAGUGGUGUGGAGGAGAUCCCCUCCGGGAUUGUUAAUAAGGAGCACAUUAUUUUUGGGAACAUUCAGGAAAUCUACGAUUUUCACAACAACAUCUUUUUAAAAGAGUUGGAAAAAUAUGAGCAACUUCCUGAGGAUGUCGGACACUGCUUUGUCACCUGGGCGGACAAGUUUCACAUGUAUGUCACGUACUGUAAGAAUAAGCCGGACUCCAGUCAGCUGAUCCUGGAACACGCCGGCGCCUUCUUUGAUGAGAUCCAGCAAAGACACGGACUGGCCAAUUCCAUCUCCUCGUAUCUCAUCAAACCCGUGCAAAGGAUCACAAAGUACCAGCUGCUGCUCAAGGAGCUUCUGACCUGCUGUGAGGAGGGCAAAGGCGAGAUUAAGGACGGCCUGGAGGUGAUGCUCAGCGUGCCGAAGAGGGCCAACGACGCCAUGCACGUCAGCAUGCUGGAAGGGUUUGACGAGAACCUGGAUGUUCAGGGCGAGCUCAUCCUCCAGGAUUCCUUCCAGGUCUGGGACCCCAAAUCUCUGAUCCGCAAGGGGCGGGACCGGCACCUCUUCCUGUUCGAAAUCUCCUUGGUGUUCAGCAAAGAGAUCAAGGACUCGACGGGACACACGAAAUAUGUCUACAAGAACAAGCUGCUGACCUCUGAGCUGGGGGUGACGGAGCACGUGGAAGGGGACUCUUGUAAAUUCGCCUUGUGGUCGGGUCGCACGCCAUCCUCCGAUAAUAAAACCGUGCUGAAGGCAUCAAGUUUAGAAGUAAAACAGGAAUGGAUCAAAAACAUCCGAGAGGUGAUCCAGGAGAGGAUGAUCCAUCUGAAGGGCGCCCUAAAGGAGCCGGUCCAUCCCCCGAAGACCCCGGCCAAGCAGAGGAACAACAGCAAGAGGGAUGGAUUGGAGGAUCUGGACAGUCAGGGGGACGGCAGCAGCCAGCCGGACACCAUCUCUAUCGCAUCGCGGACGUCACAGAACACUGUGGACAGCGACAAGUUGUCGGGGGGCUGUGAGCUGACAACCGUCCUGCAGGAUUUCAUCGCCAUCCACAGCAAUGAGCUGAGCAUCCAGGUGGGUCAGACGGUGGAGCUGCUGGAGAAGCCGAGUGAACGGCCCGGAUGGUGCCUGGUCCGAACCACAGACAGGAGCCCCCCGCAGGAAGGGCUGGUCCCCAGCAGCGCCCUGUGCAUCUCUCAUUCGCGCAGCAGUGUGGAGAUGGAGUGUUUCUUCCCGGCAGGAAAAGAUGCGUUUUCUGUAUCUGGGGGAGAAAAUGGCGGCAAGACAGACUCCGUGGCCAAUUUACAGCCGCAGUCAUCGCUUAAUUCAAUCCAGAGCUCGCCGGGACCCAAGCGCUCCACCAACACGCUGAAGAAGUGGCUGACGAGUCCGGUGCGGCGGCUGAACAGCGGGAAGGCCGAGAGCAACAUCAAGAAGCAGAAGAAGCGGGCGGGAAACCUGGGCUCCCCCCGAGCAAACGACGACACCACUCCGCAGGGCGACAGCGCCGACGAGAAGGGUAAGAGAGGAUGGGACGAAGAGGCCGACGACGACUCGCACACUCCGCUCCCUCCGCCUAUGAAGAUCUUUGAUAAUGAACCAGUACCGGACGACAAGACGAUCGAUGGCAGCCCCUAUAGAAGCCCUCAGACCAGUUCUGUACCUGAUGGGUACAGUAAUGAAGGGAUGUCCCUGCCACCCGCCCCCCGGAACCACGAGGAGGAGCAGAAAGCGAAAGCUAUGAGGGGGCGAAUGUUUGUGUUAAAUGAGUUGGUGCAAACAGAGAGAGAUUACGUGAAGAACCUGGGUGUGGUGGUGGAGGGCUUCAUCCCCAGGAUACAAGAGAAAGGGACAUCGGAGGAUAUGAACGGGAAGGACAAGAUCGUGUUUGGUAACAUUCACCAGAUCUACGACUGGCACAAAGACUUUUUCCUGGGGGAGCUGCAGAAAUGUCUCCCGGAGCCCGAGCGGCUGGCCCAGCUUUUCAUAAAACAUGAGAGAAAAUUGCACAUGUACGUGGUGUACUGCCAGAACAAACCGCGCUCCGAAUACGUGGUCGCUGAGUACGAUACCUUCUUUGAGGAAGUGAAACAGGAAAUCAACCAGCGCUUCACGAUCAGCGACCUCCUCAUUAAACCGAUCCAGCGGAUCACUAAGUACCAGCUGCUGCUGAAGGACUUUCUGAAGUACAGCCAGAAGGCCAGUCUGGAGUGCGCGGAGAUCGAGAAAGCCGUGGAGUUAAUGUGCCUUGUACCGAAACGCUGCAACGACAUGAUGAACCUGGGGCGGCUGCAGGGAUUCGAGGGUAAACUGACCGCCCAGGGCAAACUCCUCCAGCAGGACACCUUCUAUGUCAUUGAGCAGGAAUCUGGUCUCCAGUCUCGACCUAAAGAGAGGAGGGUUUUCCUGUUCGAGCAGAUCGUCAUCUUCAGUGAACUUCUCCGGAAAGGUUCCUCCACCCCGGGAUACAUGUUUAAAAGAGGCAUCAAGAUGAAUUACCUCAUCCUGGAAGAGAACAUGGACAACGAUCCCUGUAAAUUUGCUCUGAUGAGCAGAGACACCUCCGAGAGGGUCAUUCUCCAGGCCGCCAACGCCGAGAUCACGCAGGCCUGGGUGCAGGACAUCAGCCAAGUGCUGGAGACCCAGAGAGACUUCCUGAACGCGCUACAAUCACCGAUAGAAUACCAGCGCAAGGAAAGUAACGCUGCCAUGACCAAGCCGCAGCUCAGCCGGGCGCCCACCCCCAGCAGCAGACCCCUCUCCACCACACCCAUGGGCUCCGAAAAAUGCGUCAACCUCCCGACCCGGAAUCAGUCAUUACCGCAAAGGAUAAUACCUACCUCCAACGGCAGCCCAGGGUAUGAUGUGUACCAGCCCGCAGAGAAGUACGACUCCAGCCAGAAUGAGCUGGCCGGGUGUAACGGGACCACCUCCAUGGCUGUCAUACAAGAUUACUAUGCACUGAAGGAGAACGAGAUCUGCGUCUACCAAGGGGAAAUCGUCCAAGUCCUGGCCAUCAACCAGCAGAACAUGUUCCUGGUCUACCGGCCAUCCAACGACCACUCGCCGGCAGCCGAAGGCUGGAUCCCUGGCUCCAUUUUGGGGCAAAUUACAAAACCUUCUGCAGACAGUAACGACAGAGGCAUCAAGUAAGUGCUGACCGGGCGCAGUGUGUGGAGUAUAGGGAAUUUCUCCUGGUUUCUUUCACAGCUUUUGGAAGAAGAAUUGAAUGUGGAGCCUGCGGCCGGCGCCACGCAGGACGUUCCUUAUUUUUAUUUAUUUUAUUUUUUUUGUAUGAUUUUUAUUUUUUUGGUUAAUAAUUGUACAGAAACCUGUAAACGGUAAAGACGAGUUCUGUAUAGAUGAGGCGGCUUCCUCGAGCGCGGACGCCCCGGACCGGACUAUGUGCCAUGUGACCAUACUGUAAAUUGCUGAUAGACUGUGGACUGAGCCAGGCUCCUCGGAGAUCCUCUGUACAGCGGCCACGUUUCCCGUUUUCUUUGGACUUUAUUUUCUGUUUCCCGGUCCCCUGUAAGAUAUUUUGUUUUGCGCCCCCCCCCCCCCCUCCCCCCAGUACAUUCCUGUAUAAAGUAUUUUGCACUAUUUAAAAAAAAAGACAAAAAGAGAGAAAAAAAGAAACCUCAGUCCCAUCGAUGGCGUCCGAUCGUGCAAUAUAAUGCUAGUCACAAUGUCCAUCAUUGUACCUGUAUUGUAACUAAUAAUUUUAAAUGUACUAUUUUAAAUAUGUAAAAUAAAUUUUCACCAGGA